UGCCGAGCAACAGGAAAAAGCUUUAGCAGUUCAUCCAUGGUUAGCCUGAAAGCUCUCUGUUGAAACUCCAAGGGAUUUUCUCUUUUUCCUUUUACUUAAACCAUGGAAGUGACAAUGGAUCCGUUAUUUCUGGCGUGGAGCUACUUCCGGAGAAGAAAAUUUCAACAAUGCUCUGAUAUUUGUUCGAAAAUAUUAGAGGACAGUCCCUAUGAUCAGGACGCUGGCUCCUCAAUGCUUAUUUCUGAGGCUGCGUGGAGUCUGAAGACGCGAGCCCUGACAGAGAUGGUGUACAUAGACGAGAUCGAGGUGGACCAGGAAGGAAUCGCUGAGAUGAUGCUGGAUGAGAGCUCCAUCGCCCAGGUUGCUCGACCUGGGACAUCUCUGAGACUCCCAGGAACCAGUCAUGGUGCUGGACCCACUCCCGCUGUCAGGCCCAUGACGCAGUCGGGACGCCCCAUUACAGGGUUCGUAAGACCCAGUACCCAGUCAGGGAGACCCGGUACCAUGGAACAGGCCAUCAGGACCCCACGCACGGCCAGCACGGCCCGGCCCAUCACCAGCGCCUCCGGGAGAUUUGUUCGCCUGGGAACGGCGUCCAUGUUAACUAAUCCAGAGGGACCAUUUAUACAUUUAUCAAGACUCAAUUUCUCCAAGUAUUCCCAAAAGCCCAAUUUAUCCAAGACUCUCUUUGAGUACAUCUUUCAUCAUGAAAAUGAUGUGAAAAAUGCUUUAGAUUUGGCUGCUCAGGCUACUGAGCAUGCUCAGUUCAAAGACUGGUGGUGGAAGGUUCAGCUGGGGAAAUGCUACUACAGACUUGGUUUGCAUCGCGAGUCAGAGAAACAGUUCAGAUCUGCACUCAAUCACCAUGAGGCGGUCGAUACUUACCUCUAUCUUGCCAAGGUGUAUCAGCGUAUCGACCAGCCAAUCACAGCGCUGAACCUGUUCAAGCAAGGCCUGGACCGCUUCCCAGGAGAGGUCACCCUACUCACGGGAAUCGCACGCAUUCACGAGGAGAUGAACAACAUUCCCUCAGCCACAGAGUACUACAAAGACGUCCUGAAACAGGACAAUACUCACGUGGAAGCCAUCGCCUGCAUCGGCAGCAACCACUUCUACACGGACCAGCCCGAGGUCGCACUGCGCUUCUACAGACGGCUGCUCCAGAUGGGGGUGUACAACUGCCAGCUGUACAACAACCUGGGCCUGUGCUGCUUCUACGCCCAGCAAUACGACAUGACGCUGUCGUCGUUCGAGAGGGCCCUGGCACUGGCGGCCAACGACGAGGAGCAGGCGGACGUCUGGUAUAACAUCGGCCACGUGGCCGUGGGCAUAGCAGACUUGACACUAGCCUAUCAGUGCUUCAAACUGUCUUUGGCCUUCAACAACGACCACGCCGAGGCCUACAACAACCUGGCCGUGCUUGAGCUGCGCAAGGGUCGCGUCGAACAGUCCAAAGCCUUCCUCCAGACCGCUGCAUCCCUGGCCCCUCACAUGUACGAGCCUCACUUCAACCUCGCCACUCUCUCUGAAAAGAUUGGAGACCUGCAGAGCAGUUACACGGCAGCCCAGAAGUCUGAGGACGACUUCCCGGAGCACGUGGACACGCAGCAGCUCCUCAGAGACCUGCGGCAGCACUUCGCUGUGCUCUGAGACCCCCAGGGUUCAUGUAGCCUAUGGUCCCAGCCCGUAUUGUGCUCUGAGACCCCCAGGGUUCAUGUAGUCUAUGGUCCCAGCCCGUAUUGUGCUCUGAGACCCCCAGGGUUCAUGUAGUCUAUGGUCCCAGCCUGUAUUGUGCUCUGAGACCCCCAGGGUUCAUGUAGUCUAUGGUCCCAGCCCGGGUUGGUAGUGGAACGCCAUCUGUCUGGACAAUAGUUGUCAUGCUAACAUGUAAAUAGUAAAGGAAAAUAUGAAACAGAUAUUUAUUGUAAUAAAUUGAAUACAUGAUUUGAUAUGAGAUUGUAUUUCCAUAGUUUCAGAGAUAUAUUGUCAUUUUUAUGUACUCCAUUCAGAUAAAUGUGAAAACAUGUGUGUGUGAUUAUAAUUUAUUCUGUAUAGACAGAGGGCAAAAUUGUGAGUGUAAUACAUUUUAGAUAUGUUACUUUAUUCUCUUCAGCCCUGCAGUUUUCUUUAGUCCUCCUAAAGUGACCAAACUGUUCACAAGAAGCAGCAGGGAGUCCUUAUAGGCCCUUUCUUUGGGUUUUAUGGACUUCCAGCCUGUGCAAACAGAAUUGUUUCAUUUGAUACAAAGUACAGAAUUGCAGACCAUCUAUAGUGCCGUAACCUGGUUUUGGAUUAAAAUGAUAACUGACCCUGCAGAGGCUAUGCUUGCAAUAAACUACACACAAGUAUA